AACUUCCUCCAACAUCCUCUUCUCAUCUCCCAUCUCCCAUCCACAUCGCCUAUCCUCAUCUUCUCCCGUGUCAUUCCUCUCUCGCCCAACGUAUCCUGUUUCUACUUGCUUUAUACUGUCUCCUUUGCCACCUCGUUAAGUAGCCCACAAUGGAGGAAGAAGUCGCUGCCCUCGUUAUCGACAAUGGAUCCGGUAUGUGCAAGGCCGGUUUCGCUGGCGAUGAUGCUCCGCGAGCUGUCUUCCCUUCGAUUGUCGGCCGUCCUCGCCAUCAUGGUAUUAUGAUUGGUAUGGGCCAGAAGGACUCCUAUGUUGGUGAUGAAGCACAAUCCAAGCGUGGUAUCCUUACCCUUAGAUACCCCAUUGAGCACGGUGUCGUCACGAACUGGGAUGAUAUGGAAAAGAUCUGGCAUCACACCUUCUACAACGAACUCCGUGUCGCUCCUGAGGAACACCCUGUUCUGUUGACCGAGGCUCCUAUCAAUCCCAAAUCGAACCGUGAGAAGAUGACCCAGAUCGUCUUCGAAACUUUCAACGCCCCUGCCUUCUACGUCUCCAUCCAGGCCGUCCUUUCUCUUUACGCCUCCGGUCGUACCACUGGUAUCGUUCUCGACUCCGGUGAUGGUGUGACCCACGUCGUUCCAAUCUACGAGGGUUUUGCUCUUCCGCACGCUAUUUCUCGUAUCGACAUGGCUGGCCGUGAUUUGACUAACUACCUUAUGAAGAUCCUGGCUGAGCGUGGUUAUUCUUUCUCCACCACUGCUGAGCGUGAAAUCGUCCGCGAUAUCAAGGAGAAGCUCUGCUAUGUCGCUCUCGACUUCCAACAGGAGAUACAGACUGCAUCUCAAUCCUCCAGCUUGGAGAAGUCCUACGAGCUCCCUGACGGCCAGGUCAUCACUAUUGGCAACGAGCGAUUCCGCGCUCCAGAGGCCCUCUUCCAACCCAGUGUCCUGGGCCUUGAAAGCGGCGGCAUCCACGCCACUACGUACAACGCCAUCAUGAAGUGCGACGUUGAUGUCCGAAAGGAUCUCUACGGCAACAUCGUCAUGUCUGGCGGCACCACCAUGUACCCCGGUAUCUCUGACCGUAUGCAGAAGGAGAUUACCGCUCUCGCACCCUCGUCGAUGAAGGUUAAGAUUAUUGCCCCGCCUGAACGUAAAUACUCCGUCUGGAUCGGUGGUUCCAUCCUGGCCUCCCUCUCGACCUUCCAGCAAAUGUGGAUCUCGAAGCAGGAGUACGACGAGUCCGGACCUUCCAUCGUCCACCGCAAGUGCUUCUAAGGUUUUCGUUGUUGUCGUUGCAGUUGUUGCAGCUAUUGUUUUUACUUUUAGGAAGGGUGUGAAGCUUUUUUUCUUUCCAUUUUAUUUUUAUAUAUCUUAAUCAAUAAAAAGAAAGAAAAAAACCAAAAUCAAAACUACGAGAAAACAGCUUGUAACUACAUGAUUUUUCAUAACAAUUUUCCCCCAAUCAUCUUCUUCUCUACGUAUCCAAAUUUUCUUCCUCCCAUUUCUACGACCUGGACGAUCUGAUUGAUUGGUUGGUUGAUUUUCAUAGAGUAUGCCCCAUUUAGCCUCUCAAGCUGUCAUCUUACAAACCUCCCGCCCAUCAAACGAAUAUACAUACCUACAUUCAGACAGACAGACCAAAAGCAAAAUAUUUUCCCUCCUC